AGAGAAGUGAAGCAAUAGACAAGAGACAAAGCUCUUGAGUUAACACACUUACACUAACCAGACUCCCAGACGCAGGACAAAGUCAAUCUUUUUUUCCAAUAAUGGGGAAACUUUUGAUUUCCACCACCUACCUAAUGCUGAUCCUGUCCUGUGUGGAGUCGUGCUUUCUGCUGAGAUCUCUCUACGUAAUUGUACCUGAAAUAAUUCCAGCUGGAUACCAAGUAGCAAAAGUUGAAACCGUCGGCUGUGAUGCAAAAUCAGUGCAGUUAACUGUGAAGGACCCGAGUUUAACAAUAAAAAGUAACGGAGCAGUCGUAGCUUUAACAUCUGUCUCAGUGGGAGAAGGAGGACGGAUAUUUUCUGUGUCUGCUCGGGACAAUAGUGGACUCGAAAGAAAGAUGGAAGUUCACCUUGUCCGCAGUACAAAGCCGAAAAGACAUCGACGAGGCCAAGGCUCCCUGAACCGCUCUAGAAGAUGUUUUCGUGUUUUCCCGUCGCAAACGAUAGUGGAGAAUUAUGAAGGGAGCUAUCCAAAACUAAUUGACAGGGUGGGGCCAUAUUCCUCAGACAGACGUUAUUGGUACUUUAUUGAAGGAGAGGGAGUCGAUACGUAUCCAACUGGAGUGUUCAGUAUAGACAGAGACACGGGGGAUCUGUUCUUGCUCAAAGCGGUGGAUCGUGAGGAGUUCCCAGCAUAUAAUAUUUUGAUGAUUGUUUUUGACAAGCAUACUAAUGCGGAGCUAGAUGAGAAAAUACCCCUGAGAGUGAUUGUAGAUGAUGUCAAUGACAAUGCUCCAGAGUUCGUAGGUCCUUUACACUUUACAGUUCCUGAGCACUGUAGUGCAGGGACUGUGGUGGGAGUGGUGAGUGCAACUGACAGAGACCAAAUUGGCACAGACCAUGUGAAGAUUAAAUAUACACUCGUAUCUGGAUCAGACAUGUUUACCAUUCAUCCAGAAACAGGUGUCAUCACAACAACAACCAACACCCUAGACAGAGAGUUAAAAGACAACCAUGUGGUGACUGUAAAAAUCCAGGAUAUGAAUGGUGCACCAAGUGGUCUGUUUGCCACAUCGACAGCAACAAUUGCUCUGAGUGAUAUUAAUGACAAUCCACCAACCUUCAUGAAAUCAACUUAUAAUGUUACUGUGCAAGAAGAUGAAAGUGAAAAACUUUUACUUCGAAUUCCUGUUCAAGAUAAAGAUUUGAUAAACACAUCAAACUGGAUGUCAAAGUUUGUUAUUACUAAAGGAAACGAAAAUGGAAAUUUCAGGAUAGUUACUGACCCCCAAACAGACGAAGGGCUUUUGUACAUCUCAAAGCCAUUAGACUAUGAGAAGACCAACGAUGUCCAGCUUCAGAUCACUGCACAAAAUGUAGCAUCACUGAAUGGCAGCAGUGCCACGUGGCAGUCCAUCCCUGUGAAUGUCAAUGUUGAAAAAGUGGAUGCAGUAAGGGCUGGACUGGGACAAAAGAUCAGCCCGGGAAUUUUGACCAGAGACCCGCUCACCAGAAGAGCACUGACUUCACCGCACACACCCACUACCUUUUCACAGCUCUUCAGCCAAUCACCUGGCAGAGAGCAACAAACUGCCAGGUCUGUGUCCUUCGGACUACUGGGAAUUAUGACUAUACUGUGUCCUGUGGUCCUCCUCCUACUGCUUUUCCCAGUCCUUGCAUUUUUCUGUCUAAAAAAGAGAGAGAAAUUGCAGCUUUAUGACUCUGGAGACACUGGAGGAAUCCCACUCAAAUCUAACACGGAGGCCCCAGAGGACAGCAUGGCUUGGGAGUAAUAACAGGUAAUAAUAACAAACUACCUGUGUCUUCCAAAUGGGAACAGAAGAGGAUGGGCAGCAUUCAGGGGACGUGGCUCUGUAGCUGACUCAGAGGUCACGGUCUGAACGCUUGGCUUGUUACUGUGGUAACAAUGUAAAAACAGAACAAUCAAGUGGUGCAGGUGUGUAUCUGCUAUUGCUCUUUGUUGCUUUAUUUUGUUGUUGAUGAUGUUGUUGUGUUUUUUGUUUUUAAGCAAAAGUGGUUUGCACUAAAAACUAUGAAGAAGCAAUAUUUUGGAGCUUUGUACAUCAGCAAUCAAUUCUCUAAAAAAAUUAUAUCUUUAUUUUUGGAGGGUAAAUUUUAAUUAAAACAAAUACAUAAUGAAACAAAAUAACAAUUACCUAAUAUUUCAAAAUAUGUAAUGUAAAAUUACACCUUCAUAAUAAUCUAUUUUAAGCAGUGUUGAUUUACUUCUGCAGAAUUUCCUAAAGGCACAGAAAUUGUGUGUAACCAUGUUUUACUUCAACUCGCAGACUGUGAGACGGGUGCAGUUUGAGCUCACUGUAAGUCAGGUUGUUGAAACAUUUCCAACAGUAGUCGUGUUACAAUCUGCACGAGGGCAGAACUGGAGCACUAACGUGUUACUGCCUGAAACUAAAUACAACUGGCUGCACAGGAAAAAACCCAUUCAAAAGACAGUGUAUACCCUAUAUGUAUUUUGCAUUUUUAAGUUGUUAUUUGACAUUAACAUUAAGGAGUUGUGUUUAAUUUUUGCUGCUGUAGCAGUUAUUUGUGGUUUUUUUAACAUUUAAAGGAACGUGAUUAUAAAACAGCAUAAUCAACAAACAUACAAUAAGCAGACAUGCACCCAUACAACUUGUACUUUUAGUCUUUACUGUUUAUUUGUUUAAGUU